UCAACCUUCACUGCGAGCUCGGUAGCGAGAGGGGCACCUUCAAGCAGGGGUCGAGAAAGAACCACUUCUAAUAUUUAUACACAUAUACAGUAAUCAUGUCCUUCCUCUCUAUCAGCAGACUAGCCCCAAGGCUCCUCAGUUCAAAGAAUGCAUGUGUCAUUGUGGCUGCCAGACAUGCCAGUGCAUCCACGAAUUUGAAAGACGUCCUGUCAGACCUCAUACCCAAAGAACAGAGCAGGAUCAAGAACUUCAGACAGCAGCAUGGCAAAACCUCAAUUGGUCAGGUCACUGUGGACAUGGUUUAUGGAGGAAUGAGAGGCAUGAAGGGUUUAGUGUACGAGACGUCUGUGCUCGACCCUGAUGAGGGCAUCCGUUUCCGUGGUUACAGCAUUCCAGAGUGUCAGCAACUGUUGUCCAAGGCACCCGGUGGAGAGGAGCCACUGCCUGAGGGUCUGUUCUGGCUGCUGAUCACAGGACAGGUGCCCAAUGACGAGCAGGUGAGUUGGUUGUCAAAGGAGUGGGCUAAGCGCGCGGCACUUCCCUCACACGUUGUUACCAUGCUGGAUAAUUUCCCCACCAAUCUACACCCCAUGUCUCAGUUCAGUGCCGCCAUCACGGCUCUGAACAGUGAGAGCAGUUUUGCUCGGGCCUACUCUGAGGGAGUGAACAAGGCCAAGUACUGGGAGUUUGUGUAUGAGGACUCCAUGGACUUGAUCGCCAAACUCCCCUGUGUGGCGGCCAAGAUCUACCGUAACCUGUACCGUGAAGGGAGCAGCAUCGGCGCCAUCGACUCCAAUCUGGACUGGUCACACAAUUUCACCAACAUGCUUGGCUACAGCGAGCCACAGUUCACAGAACUCAUGAGGCUCUACCUCACCAUUCACAGUGACCACGAGGGUGGAAAUGUCAGCGCACACACCAGUCACUUGGUAGGCAGUGCACUGUCCGACCCCUACCUCUCCUUCAGCGCUGCUAUGAACGGACUGGCUGGACCCCUGCAUGGACUGGCAAAUCAGGAGGUGCUAGUUUGGCUGACAGCCCUGCAGAAGGAGCUCGGUGGAGAGGUGUCAGAUGAGAAAAUGAGAGAUUACAUCUGGAACACACUCAAAUCAGGCAGAGUGGUGCCUGGCUAUGGCCACGCUGUGCUGAGGAAGACGGAUCCCCGCUACACCUGUCAGCGCGAGUUUGCCCUUAAGCACCUUCCUAAUGACCCAAUGUUCAAGAUGGUGGCUCAGCUCUACAAGAUCGUUCCAAAUGUGCUCCUGGAGCAGGGCAAGGCCAAGAACCCCUGGCCCAAUGUAGAUGCUCACAGUGGAGUCCUGUUGCAGUAUUAUGGCAUGACUGAAAUGAACUAUUACACCGUGUUGUUUGGCGUGUCCCGGGCCCUAGGCGUUCUGGCCCAGCUGGUGUGGAGCAGAGCGCUUGGCUUCCCUCUGGAGCGUCCCAAGUCCAUGAGCACGGACGGACUCAUGGCCCUGGUUGGGUCCAAGUCAGGCUAGAGAGGGAGAGACCAUGCCAGCGGAGUGAGAACAGGAAGGGGAGGAGCUUAAACUAUAUUAGAACCAAGCCACUGGGCUUAGGGAUUCAAAGAGACCGUACACUUUUAAAUUUAAUCUAAAAAAGGGCCCUUUGUUAUUAAUAAUGUCAAGAUGAUGCGUCCCAUUUGCAUUUAUAAUAAUCCUUCGUACCCAAAACGCAUAUCAUGAAUCUUAUGCUUGAGAAAUGAAUAUUUGUAACACAAGUGUAGUCACAUUACACAGUCACCGCUUUUGGUCACUUUUCAAUAGUUCUUCUCCUGUUUUCCCACAUAAAUGCAUUUCUCACCGAUUUUUCAGACCGUAUGAACAAUUUUUUGUUCCAUGUGCUGAGAACAGGCUUGAAAGAUGCAGCUAUGUUUGUAGCAGAGUGGUUUAAUAGAGGAGGCUGUGCUGUUGUCCAAGAUUGCAGCAAGAAAUCACCCUUCUCUAUUUAAACUGAUACUGACACUUGAAAUACUAGUGCAGAAGAGUUAAGAAGUGCUAUACUUAGAAUGUAAAUAAACAAGAGUACUUAUCCUCAGCGGUCAUAUCAACUAUUUCAGUUUUAGUCUUGUCUUUUUACUUUCCGGGAUUCAGAUGUUCACUUGAGCCUCUGUUUUGGACGAGGAAAUGAAUUGACAAAGCCGUGCUCCGAGCCGGUCAGAUAAUGCUAUGCAAUUUGACUAGCCGUCCCUUUAGCUAACAUCGUGUUUCUCCUUGUACGAGCACUCCACAAUGGCAUAAAAUGGUCCUCUCUCAAUAGAAUUGAUUCUGUGAGUUCAGUUCAACUUGGGAAACUUGUAUAUUUGUUUAAAAGGGCACUGCGCCUUUAAGUUAUCUCAUAUUGCUCUCUGACUUCAGCCAAUCAUCUUCAUCUUCUCCCUGGGUUGUGUUUCAAUGGACUUGUUGUGGCCGCACCUUUUUAUUUGAAAUAACCAAUAUUUUCAAUUACCUGAAUCUCCUUUUUCCCAGUGGACAAUUUUGGCAUGGAUAACUUUGAUUUGUCUCAUUUACACAAGUUAUUGUAUUCGCAACUUGUGAGCAAGCCAAAAAGGAACAGUCCAAGCAGCCAGAACGCUACAUGUUCUACAUCCUGUCGAAUUUAUAGUGUUUUAGUGUGAACUUGUUUCACGAGUGCUUUAAAGAUCUGCUACUCAAACCCGUAGUAUUUUUUACCAUGUUGUGUGUAAAUGUAUAAAAAUGGUAAGAAAUCAUUUUUUUGUAGGUUUACAUAAUUUGAGGUUUUAUUUAUUUCUGUAAAUAUAGCUUGUCUUACCAGGCCUAUAAGUUCAUGAACCACUUACUAUAACUCACUCAUUGAACUCGUUAUUUACAUGGAAUACCUUUUUAAUAUAAUUUCAAACAUGCAAUCUUGUAAAUGAAAUUGUGUGAUCUGCUCAGGUUUGGCAAGCAUGUGUUCAUAAGCACUCCAUUAACUAACAACAGGACUUCUAAGUCGCUGCAUCCUUGUUACCCAAUUCAGCUUGUAGUGAGAUAUUUGUCCAUGCCCUUUUCAAGUGUCUGCUUUCUUCAUGGUGUAUGUGUGUGAUACGUGUCAUGUCGAGUUAAUUUAAAUUAUGAGGAACGUGAAUAUGGAAAUGAUUGGUUAAAGUCAGAUCUACCUGGGGAAAUGGGAGGGGAACAAAAGAGUGGGGUUCAAAUGUGUCUGGAUUGAUUUGGGAAGUGAAGCUUAGGUGAACAAAAACAAAACAAAAAUGGGAAAACUUGAGAAAAAAGGAAAACCAAUAAAUGUUUUUAACAAAA